UUCAGUCCCCCUCCACGGCUCUGAACCCGAUCUGAUGCCGUGCCCGUGAAGGUGUGUGGGCCUGCGCCGGGCUCACCGUGUAAAUGCGUGCAGGCGUGGGUACACCUUCUCAGUGUGCACACGAGACCACGUUCUCCAGGUCAUGGGUGCACAACCUCCAUGUGCGCGGAAGGACUCAGGUGCUGGAGAACAGGCUUGUGUCUGCACACGCACACCACUCACACACACAUACGUACACGCUCACAUGGGCCCUCAGUCUCCAUCUCAAGUCCCAGGCUCCAGCUCCCUUUCCCAGAGCCCCUUCCAGAUUGUUCUCCAUUUCCUCACUCUCAGUCCGCUGGAGAGGGAAGUGAAUCUACGGGUCUGGACUCGCCUGCCUCGGCCACCCCUGCUCACCCGCUUGCUGGCUCUGUGGGGGGCCUGGAGCCCCAGAGCUCUUCCCUCUGCCAGAGCCCCCACUGGGCUCCCUUCCCGCCCAUCUUCUGGGCUGGUCCGCACCCCAGGAAUCUGGGCUCCUCCAGGCUGCACUGGGCUGGGGACAGGACGCAUCCCCGGGGAGCAGAGUGACUGGACCGGAGGCCUCCCACGUGUUCCUGGCAGGAAACGCAUUUCCUCCUCUGGCCCUUCUCUUCCAGGCACUUGUCCCUCGCCUCCCUUCCAGCUCAUCUGCCCGCCCCCACCCCGCUGGGCUUCUGCGUCUGACCGUCAGCGGCUCCCAGCCCUGCCCAGUUUCAAGCCUGGGCUUGUGGGCCUGGGCGAGACUCUCCUGAAUUGGCCUCAUCAGAAGUACCCAGACUUCGAGCCAAGACCCCAGCGUCCUUGGCCUCCGCCCUGGGUCACCGGCACCUUUACCUGUCUCUGCGCCUUGCUUGGCUCACCCCCGUAUCCACUCUUUCCCUCUCCAGACGUUCCCAGCCAGGAGCCAGGGCCCAGGUCCUCCCUCUGCACUCAGCCGUCACCGGCCGCUCCUGGUCUCCGUGCCUCCUCCCUCUCUCCCUCCCUCCCGUGUGCUGCCAGCUCCAGGCCUGGCCCUUUGUUCCAGCUGAUGGCUGGUGCUGCCCGAGCACUGCUGCUCCCAGAGCCGUGGGCUUUCCCUGACCUUGUAACUUUGCUUUUGGUGAAUUUUGGUUCUUCAUCAAGAUGCUCUGCUGCCCUCCCCCCUUUCCCUCCCCUCCCCCUUUCCCUCCCCCCUCUCUUUUUCUCCCUCUUGUUUUUCUGUGUGCUGAGCACUUUGUCCAGCCCUGAGCACUACUUCUUUGAAUUGAAUUAACAAAAGAAAGCCCUAAGGAACUGAGAAAUCACUUGAUUGCACAGGUGUCCUUUGCCAGUUGGUUACAAAGUUUUUAUGAGCAAAUCUGGUGGUUAUCCUUUGGAAAAUAAGCAAAGGCAAACCACUUCCUGCCGCUUCCAGGAGCCACUCGAGUGCUGGAGCUUUCUAAGACCUACCAAGAAUCUGAAACUUCAGGCAGGCUUCCUCCGUUUUCCUGGAGAACUCGGCAAUUUGUGUUGGUGAAAUUCCACUGGGCCCGACAGGGUUGGAGAUUGCAUUUCAGUCUUGUCUUGCAAAGGAAUUUCUGAGAUCGAGUAACUUGGCUAGAGGGGAAAAGGGGAACGCUGGCUUGUGACCUAGGCAGCAGUGCCCUUCCUAUGGGACUGGUGCCUCUGGAAUUCGCAAAUGCCACACAGCCUCUAAGUCGGCCGCCUCUUGGGCCUGAGGGUGAGCUCUGGCAGUGCCAUGUGCCACGUGUGGAUUCUGUCCUUUCUGCACCUUUACUUGACCUGUGUCCUAAAUGCUGAGAUGGGGAGAGGCAGUGUCCCACUCCCCAGUGUCGGGGGUGGGGUGGAGUGGGGCCAGAGCCAGGACUGCUGGUGCCCUAGGACGGGGCCUGGGUCUUAGGUUCGCGUCCACUCUGCCACGAACUUCAGCGGUUACGGAACCCCUCUGUGCCUUGGUUUCCUUAUUUGUGAAACAGCGAUGAUUCUAGUAAUCCCCUGGGGGCGAUAGGAGAAUUUUGUUGUCUGUUAUUAAAUAAAAUAUUCUGUUAUGUGUAGUGCACCUCCCACAUGCUAGGUCCCAUAUGCAGGCUUUGCAGAUGCUAACAGGAGCAGCGUGGUCUUCGCCGGAGCCCUAGGAGCCGCUACUACCCAGCCCCGUUGUGCAGGUGAGGAAACCGAGGCUGGGAGAGGUUAGGUCACUCACACAGCUGGUAGGUGGCAGGGCUGGGCUUUCGCCCAGAGGCUGUGGCCCGGAGCCUGGGCCUGUUCCCUCCGAGCUGUCACUCUAGGUACUUCAACAGCCUGACCCCUGGGCUGUUUUGCCUGCGACAAUCCCUGUUAACACGUGUCGUCCUGGGGUCAUUCUCAGUUGUGCCCCAUUUCAUUUUGUCCCCCAGAGUGUCCUGGGUUGGUCAGUAGAGGACGCGGUCAGCUUAUGUGUGGAGCGUUUAGGACAGUCCUGAGCACAGGAUCCAUGGGAUCGAUGGCCGGGGAGGUGACACAGCCACAGAGGAUCAGCUUGGGUGGCCUGGGGGUGCCUUAGUCACUGCGGAACAGAGACCUCAGCUCAUUCGCCCACUGCCCUGGGCCUCUCACAUGCCAGGCACUGGAGCAUCGUGCUGGGGGUGGGGUGAUGAGGAGGGAGACAGGGACACCGCCAGCAGCUCUGGAAAAUGAAGUCACGCCCAGGACUCGCCCUCGUAAGAAAUGCAAAGCAUUACCGCUGGGAUCGUGUUCCCCUUGCUUUGUUUGGCAAAUUAUGACAGUAUGUCACUGACCCAGCACAUUCUGAUUACCUAUUGUUCAAAUGAAAAAAAAGCAAAACAAAAACAAAAAGCAGGCCAGAAAACCGCUUCUGGUUAUGUGAUCGGUAUUUAGAAGUUUCCAUUCCAGAGUAGGCCUCAGGGCAGGGCCAGUCCCCAGGCUGUGUGGAGCCUUCACUGUCCCCAAGAUGCCAGGUAAUCGGCUUAUCUUUGCUGUACCUCCGUCGCACCCUGUCCCCCUGUCCCCGUCCUUAGCUGCGUGUGAAGGAUGUCAUGGGCCGUGGCUCUCCCAGGCAGGCAGCCUGCUCCGGCCACUGGUGGCGUUUUCUCGCAAACCUGCCCUUGUUCAGCGCGUGCCCAACGUGGAGGCUGAAGGGCACAGCUCUGGGUAGGGUUGACCAGCUCACCCCUCUUUGCCCAGGACUGUCCUCAUUUUAAAACUGGGAGUCUCAAGUCCUGGGAAAAUUGGACAGCUGGUCACCCUCCAGGAGCGAGUGAAGCCAGCCCUGUGUCCCCACGGUCAGCUCUGCUGUGUGAUGGCAGGUCCGUUGCUUGGGCGCUCCGAGCCUCCGUUUCCUCUCCUGCACAAGAGGCUUAACGGAGCCUGUCUCACAGGAUCACUGUGAGGUUCAGUAGUUAUGACGCCUCGCGAGUGGCGUGAGCCCUCCUUCCCCACUGGUGAUGAGUUACCUUAAGAUUUCUCCUGUGGGGCUUAGGCAGUAGUUGUUUUCCGGUGGUCCGAGUGGACCACCAGUCUCCCUUUAGAUGCCAGUCUGACCAUCUUAUCUUGGGGUGGCUGUAUGGAAGUGAAUUCUGAAUUCAGCCCUUGCCUUCUCCUCUAAGGCUUUUUGCAGCCAGUGCCCCCCGCCCCCCAUGCCCCCAGUUCCCUGAGCCAGCCCCUGGCCCGUGUGUAACCUGGACAUCACCUGGGAACAGGCAGGAGUGGACGAGGAGCUGACAGUUAUUGAGCCCCUUCACAUGUGGCAUCACGGGCUACGUGCUUCAUGUUUAAAUCCUCCCACGAAAAUCCUUACUUUCCAGAUGGAGACUUGAGGCUUGGGAAGGUGGAAUUAUUUCCCCAUCAUUAGAAAAACGUGUAAGCAGUGAGAUCCUGCUGUACAGUCCUGGGAACUAUAUCUAGUCACUUAUGAUGGAGCAGGAUAAUGUGAGAAAAAGGGAUUGUAUACAUGUAUCUGUGACUGGGUCACCUCGCUGUGCAGUAGGAAACUGACAGAACACUGUAAACCAGCUAUAAUGGAAAAAAUACAAAUCAUUAUUAAAAGAAGGUUAAAUUUUUUAAAUUUAAAUAGAAAAAAAAAGAAAAGAAAAGAAAAAUGUGGAGCUGGGCUUCAGCCCCACCUUUGUCCUGAUCCACAGACUGUGCCGCUGCAGUGUGGUCCAGGGAUCCUUGCUGAUCUGUGCAGAGGUGAGCACAGAGUGAGAGGAAGGGUGUAGACACUUUUCUAGUAAUGUAACUUUAAAAUAUUUUUAUUGUUUGUUUUUCAAAAGUUUUGGUCUGCGAGGGAUUGAAAAUCAAAAAUAAAAGUAAAAACUGCUCUCUCACCACAGGUAGAUUGAGAAGUCCUGCUGUAGUCUGUGCACUUGAACUCCUUGUAUUAGGCUAGGUUAUGCUGCCGUAACAAACAACCCCAUGCCCGCGUAGCUUUACCCAACUGACGUUUGCUUCUCCUUUGUGCUAAAGGUCUCGGCCACUUCAGCAGGGGCCCUGCUCAUCUUCAGAGGACUUGGGGCCCCACGCUGAUGGAGGCUCCGUCUCUGCGUGUGUUUCUACUGUUACGAAGGCAGGACAGGCGAUGUGACAACUUAUACAUGGGUAUGCAAGUGCCACAUGUUACUUUGCAGCCAUGCCUACAAUUUAAGGGGAUGGGGUGGGCGGGCAGUGGGAAGAAGUGGACUCUUACCCUGUGCCCAGAUAAAGGAGGAGAGCAGCAGGUUUGGGAACAGCUGAAUUGCCACACUCCUGCCUGAUCCUGCCCGGGGUGUGUCUGGUCCUCUGGCCCAGCCGGGCUCACACAGCCGCAGGGCCGCUGAUGUCCUGCCACGCACAUUCCGGUUUUCCAGGGUAGCCUGCCCAGGCUGGGGCCCUCUGGACCGGGUUCUGGGCCCUCCCGGAGGGUGGCUUCGGUGCUUACUUGGUUUGGGAACUGAAAGUCUUGUCUGCUUCCGUCAGGCUGUGGGAGGGAAGCCAUGGUGAACCGUGUCAGGAAGCUGCUCUGACAUGUUGGCCAAGAUAAUUUCCCUUCCGAGACCUCCUCGGGCCUCUGCGUGGUGAAACAGUGGCUGGUGUAAAUCCGGAAUAAUACGCACUGCCUUUUAUUGGGUGCUUACCAUGCGCUGGUAAUGGACACACAUUAUCUCAAUUCAUCUUUCUGAAGCUGUAGCAGAGGGCCCGUUCUUAGCCUCAUUUUAUGGACAAGGAGCCCAGGGCUCCGAGAGGUUAAGGAACUUCAUGCGGCUGGACACUGGCUGUGCUGGACUUGGAUCCAGGUCUGUGUGAUUCUGAGCUUGCGCUCUGCACCGUUCUGGCGGUAUAGUCCUUACUGAGGGGGGGACUCAGAAGUCACUAACGAGGAGGGCGCCCCAGAGAAGUUGUCAUCCCUUCACAAAGCCCAGUGAAGUGAGUUCCCUUGUGGGGCAGCAGAUUAAGGAUCCGACAUUGUCACUGCUGUGGUUCUGGUUGCUAGUGUGGCGUGGAUUUGGUCCCUGGCCUGGGAACUUCCGCAUGCUACAGGCAAGGCUAAAAAAAAAAAAAAAAAAAGGAAGAAAGCCCAGUGCAAUCUUGACAUUUACUUUUGAGCCCGGGAUCCUGCUAAGUUAAGUUCAGACACUAUUACGCAGGGAAACCCGAUCCUUCCUUUUACUGAUAUUUACUGUUGUUUUUUUUUUUUUUUUUUAAUGUCCUUGUGUUAAUGGAAAUACCAUUGGAAAAGGGAAAUAAAAAUGGAAAUAAAAGGAAUGACUGAAGAACACUAGCCGGGGGCAGGAAAGGUUUUCCAAGUGUAAAGAUUGUUCAGUGGGAGGAGAAGUCCAAGCGGCUCCAGGUCUUUUUUCCACGUGCGCCCAGAGAUGCAGCCCUGUGGUCUGGCUCUCGGAGGUCUUGGGCGCCCGUGCUCUGCAGAUAGAAAGACAGGCCUCAAACCACUCCGUUCAGACAGGGUCUGUGCAGCCCAGCGGGAGUCAGGGGUUCUCGAAAGCAUAAGCUAACCCGGCGUGUCUGCCCCAUGGAUCCGUUAGGUCGAUUCAGAGGGAAGAGUCUUUUAGUGGCUCUAUAAUCGAAAGCGUGGCUCAUCCUCUUGGAAUGAGCAUUUUACUUGAGAGGAGGAAAGGUUAAGUGAUUUCACUGGUGUGUAAUUUGUAAUUCGGUGCCCCUUUCUGGAAACAUCUAUUUUAGAAACAGAUUUGGUUGAGGGGGAAAGGUUAACCAGCCUGACAAGGGAGUCAUUUAAAAUAUUAUUUUGCACUUAGAACAGGCACAGAUAUGGCAUGGAAUGCAAAAUUCACAUGGCUUCUCCGGAUUCAACCCAAGGCUUGAGUGAGACUUCUUGAUGGAGUGGGUGCGGAUGACUGGGGCUCGGCCCUCCUUGUAUUUGGGGUUCUUGGAGGAGCAGGCGGCCUGCGUCCUGGGGAGGGUGUGUAAUGGCAGCGCCUGCAGUGCUGGGGCCCCGCGUGGCGGCCUCUUGUGCUCCGGCCACCAGGCCAGCCUUGAGGGUCUCUGAAGGUCAAAGUGAUCUCAUCUCUAAAGAUAGUGUAGGCACACGCAAGCAAAUGCACGCUUUCUUUUAUUUUCUUUUGUGUUUGUUUAAACAAAUGGUAGAAUUCCCCCUACACGUUCCUGUUUUAUUUUUUCACUGAACUGUAGUAAGAGAUUGUUCCCUAUCAGUUCGACUUCCUCGUUCUCCCCCUGUGGCUGCAGACUGUCCCCCGUUUGGAUUUACAGAACCACGCCCUUGUGAUGGGCUUGUUCCUAGCCUUUGCUCUCUCAGGUAACGCUGGGGCCAUCAGCUACGUGCUUGUAUCUUUGAGACAUGCGAGUAUGUCUCUGGGACACGUUUUAGAAGUGGAGUAGCUGGGUCAGAGGCCACGUGCCUUUGGAAUGGGGGUGGAUACAUGCAACGGCGCUGCCCCGAGGAGGUUCUCCCCGAGGAAGGUCCUGGGGCAGCGUUUGGAGGCCGGGGUGGCAUGUGGAACGAGCAGGCAGCAGGACAGGGUGGCCUCGCGUCCCGGGGCCCUGACAGGCUCUUCAUCAGCCGCUCAGCCUGGGUUGGGAAAUGCUUAGGAGAACAAGUGUCACGGCCCAGAGCCAGCCUUCCCCAGUCCUGCCAGCCACUGGCUUGCAACAUGAAGCACAUGAUGCAGUCCUUCCAAAGAAGUGGAAUUUGGAUGUUUGAAGCCCCCUUCUUGCUCGCUGUGAAGGCCCCCCUCGCUCCCAGGAAUUAACUCUUUAGAAAAACUCAGCUUCCCUUUCACUUCCCCUGAAGGGCAGCAGCUUUCAGGAUGUGAAGGGAAUCAUGGAUUUAUUGCUGUGCAGAGAAAGCUCACCCUUCAGGGAGAAAAGCUAGCAGGUCCCAUUGAAGAGCGGGUCCAUACAAGCCUGUGCAGGUGAUGCCUGCUUCCUGCAGGCCAGGCCUCUGGGACGUCAUUCUUGCUUUGGGGGCUUUUAUUAGCUCCAUCCUUUGGAGCAAGCAUGGCUCAGGCAGGACCACCCAGUGUGUAUGCCUCCCUCCGCUUGGGGGGUUCAUCCCUGCCACCCAGGCCCUAUGCGCAUGUGCUGGAGGGGGCAUGGCUUUGGAAAUAGCCCCUGCCUUGGACAUAGAGGCCCCCCUGCUUCCUGGCUGUGUCACCUCUGGGGCCUCUCUGAGCUUGAGCUUUGUCAGCACUGAGAGUCGGAAUGGCCUUCAUGAUGGGGGGAGCAGUGCGCUUGGGGAGUCAUGGUCUGGCUUUCUUUCCUUCCUGCCCUGUUUGUCCAUCUCCCUCUGGUCACCCUGAGCAGGUUGGGCCAGUGUGGCCCCAACACAGAGCUCUUCCCUUGAGUCAGCUGGGGACACCUUUCAGGGUGGCUCCCGAACCCUGCCUGGGCCACCUGCCCCAGCUCCAUCUCUGGGGCUGGGUCUCACCUGAGACCAGGACUCCAGGCUGCUGUCUUCCCAUCUCCCCGACCAGGUGAGCCAGAAUGUGCAAGUGUAAUUGCUGGAACAGAGUGGAAUGGCCUCCCCACUUUUUCUGGGGUGAGGCCCUUUGCCUGGAACUCCACCUGGAAGUCCUGCCCCAGACGAAUUUUGCUGCACAUACACCUGGUUUUCCGAUCAGCCCACGUUACCCUUGCGGACGAGGAUGCUCCCUGGUGGGCAUGUGGCAAGGGCCUCCUGCUUGCUUUGCCUUCCUGCCCCUUGGGCGCCCUGUCGAGGCGUCUCUGGUGCCCUCAGCAUCCUACCACCUGCUGCCGUCUCUUUCCUGCUGGGAUUCCCAGCUCUCCAGGCCAUCCCAGGGACCAGGAGACACUUGCUCCUUGCAGCUGCCCAGGAGCCGCGGAGACCAGGGAUCGGGGAUUUCGUUUCCCGGGAUGAGGACCCUGGAGCUCAGCUUGGGAAUCUGCUCCUGACGGACACCUUGUCGCCCACGUUUGUUCGUUCAUUCGUUCUUUCUUCCUUUCUUUUUUUUCUCUCUUUCUUUCUUUCUUUGGCCGUUUAGGGCCACACCUGUGUCAUAUGGAGGUUCCCAGGCUAGGGGUCAAAUCGGAGCUACAGCUGCCA